UGCCCGGCUCGCCUCGCCUCGCCUCAGCGCGGCUGGCACCAUGCGGCGGGCGGCCGCCUGCCUCCGGGCGCUGUGCCUCCUGCUCCACCUCCGAGCUGCAGGCUGCCUUUCUGGAGACAGUGACCACUCUCUGGCCACCCACCAGCGGAAGAGCAGCAAGCCUGUGUUCAUUUAUCAGCAUGUGCAGAGCGUGGAGAAGAGCCUGGAUACAGACAGCUACAAGGAUUCCAGGCAAAGCUUCCAUUCUGCUUCCCACACCAAAAUGAGCAAGCUGCACCCUGCCAUAAUUGUUAAAUCAGCCUUCCCUCGACCUGCCUAUGACCCAUCCCUCAAUCUGUUAGCUAUGACUGCUCAAGAUUUGGAAGUGGAAAAUCUUCCUGUUCCUGCCACCAAUGUGAUUGUUGUGACCCUGCAGAUGGAUGUGAACAAGCUGAACAUCACAUUGCUGCGGCUGUUCCGCAGAGGGGUGGCAGCAGCUCUGGGGCUCCUACCUCAGCAAGUUCACAUCAACAGACUCAUUGGGAGGAAGAACUGCGUGGAGCUGUUUGUGUCCCCCCUGAACAGCAAGCCAGGGAUUUCUGAGGCACUCCCAUCGGAAGAAGUGCUGCGUUCCCUCAACAUCAACAUUCUGCACCAGAGCUUAGCCCAGUUUGGAAUAACAGAGGUCUCCCCUGAGAAGAACGUUUUGCAAGGCCAGCGUGAAGCAGACAAAAUCUGGAGCAAGGAAGGAUUCUAUGCAGUUGUCAUAUUUCUCAGCAUCUUUGUCAUUCUAGUAACCUGCUUGAUGGUUCUAUACAGACUAAAGGAGAAGAUCCAGUUGUCACUGAGACAAGAGAAGGAAAAGAAGCAGGAGAUCCACCUCUCACCCCUGCCCCUGCAGACAUCUCAGGCUGAGUACAAGACUACCAGCAGCAUGGUCCAGCCUGAAGAGGCUCGAAAGGUUGUCAGCGUCGUAGUGGAUCCUCAAGGCCAAUGUGUUCCUGAGCACAAACCUCCCCUGUGUGCCAGUCCAUCUCCUUUCAGAAUGAAACCUGUGGGGCUCCAGGAAAGACGAGGGUCCAACGUCUCACUGACCUUGGAUAUGAGCAGUUUGGGAAGCAUUGAACCUUUGGUGGCUGUUCCAACCCCGCGGGAGAAAGUGGCCAUGGAGUACCUGCAGUCAGCCAGCCGCGUCCUGACGCGGCAGCAGCUCCGAGAGGCAGUUGUGUGCUCGCAUCUGCUUCAAACAGAAUUCAUGGAAAUACCAAUGAAUUUUGUGGAUCCCAAAGAGAUUGACAUCCCCAGCCACGGGACGAAGAACCGCUAUAAAACCAUCCUGCCAAAUCCUCUGAGCAGAGUGUAUUUGAAACCAAAAACUCCAUCUGACUCCUUGAGUACCUACAUAAACGCUAACUACAUUAGGGGGUAUGGAGGUAAAGAGAAGGCUUUCAUUGCAACUCAGGGACCCAUGAUUAAUACCGUGAACGAUUUCUGGCAGAUGGUUUGGCAAGAAGACAGCCCUGUCAUUGUUAUGAUCACAAAGCUGAAAGAGAAAAAUGAGAAGUGUGUCCUUUAUUGGCCAGAGAAAAGAGGGAUCUAUGGGAAGGUAGAAGUCCUGGUGAACAGUGUGCAAGAGUGUGAGAACUACACUGUCCGUCAGCUCACAUUGAAGCAAGGCUGUCAGUCUCAGAGUGUGAAACACUACUGGUACACGUCCUGGCCAGACCACAAAACCCCCGACAGCGCUCAGCCCCUGCUGCAGCUCAUGCUGGACGUUGAAGAGGACAGGGUGGAAUCGCCAAGCAGAGGGCCUGUCAUUGUGCACUGCAGUGCUGGCAUAGGAAGAACUGGAUGUUUUAUUGCCACAGCCAUUGGCUGUCAGCAGCUGAAGGAAGAGGGAGUUGUAGAUGCGUUGAGCAUCGUCUGCCAGCUGCGAGUGGAUCGGGGCGGCAUGGUUCAGACCAGCGAACAGUACGAAUUUGUGCACCACGCGCUCAGCCUCUACGAGAGCAGACUUGCUGCAGAAGCAGUGCAGUGAAGCCAAGGAGGACCACCCCAAAAUGUCAACCAUCUCCUGAGGUAAUUUGUUUCAUUACCUACCAGCAGCUCCUCCAAGGAGCUCGCUGCGGCGAGAGGAGAGCAGGCUUUGAGGCCAGCCGCUGGAAGGAUGGCGGACGGUUUGGCACCACGUGGUAAGAGCUUGCUGGAGCCACGCUGUACAUGAAUGUAUCCUGACCUUCCCAAGAAAACGAUUCCUGAAGAGGGGACUGUCCUGAAGCUAGCAGUGGAUGUUGCCUAUUUAUCUAAAGGUGAGGGGUCUUUCUUCCCUGUGGCGCCCAUAGCUGCCGUGGGGGGAUGGAUCCACGGAUCCACCUGCUGCUGCCGCAGCCGGCUGGCGGUUGGCUCCUCAGCAGAAGAAGCGUUUCUCUAAGUGUGUAUAGAUGCUUUCAUGUUUGCAAACUGUCUCGUGAAUGGACUGUGAAGUGCUAUUACUGAUUAUGUGGGGAGCUUCUUUCCUGGCCACAUAAUGUUCUUGCUGCUAAAACUGCAAAGUGUUCGAUUGGGGAGGGGGUUAAAAAUUAACAAAAACCAACCCAAAAAAAUCAUCUAAAGUUAGUUUAAAAAGGGGAGGAAAAAAAGAGAGGAGAUAAUAAAAAUUGAAUCUUGGUUUUUGGUUUUUUUUUUUUGGGGGGGGGAAUAUUCAAAAGCAGUGACUACUUUCUUCAUCCUCUUAACUAUGAGCUGUGUAUUUACUGUAGGUCUUAGGGAGCAGUUGUGGAGCACAGUGUCUCUUGCUCGCUGUGUGUGUUUCGACCCUCUCCUGGUGACUGUCUUCAGCUACACCCCCACCCCCCCCCCAGCCCCAGUGCAUUUGUAAAGUGUGGAAGUCCUUUGACUUUUCAAAGAGACUUUGUAGCAUAUAUUAAAUGGUAAAGGGUUUAAAUAUUCCUCUGUCUUUUCUUACCAUGGGAUUUUUUGCUGACCUCCUUUAUCUGUUGUGUCUCUUUCUGAGCGAGAGGUAGAUGCCUUUAGUGGUAGGGGCUGGUCCACAACAGGUUGUCCAAGAAAUAAAAUGCUGCUAUGACUGCUUUGGGGUUUAUUUUUAUCUUUUACUGUUCAGCAAGAGGUUGUUUUUAAGAGGAGUGUGGAGUUGACAUCAUGACUUAGAGGACUCAGAGGUCUGUUUACAGGGUAUAAUGAGUUUUUAAUGCAGUGAUGUUGACUUUGCUUCAUACUGCUAAUAAAUGACACUUGAGAUAAAA